ACCUCCUAAACGGAGCCCAGGAGAAGUGCGAGCUGCCGCCUCUGGACGGUUUCCCUCACUGUGAGAGCAAGCUCAAGUGGAUGAAGGAAAUGUGGCGCUCAGACUCCUGCUAUUCCAACUAUGGCGUGGACGGGUCCACCUGCUCCUUCUUCAUCUACCUCAGCGAGGUGGAGAACUGGUGUCCUCGUCUGCCCUGGAGGAUGAAGACCCUGAAAGAGGAAACAGACCGGAGGGGACAGGCGGAGAUCCGCACCAGUUUCGAGGGGCUUUACCGCUCCAUGUCACAACGGGAGGAGUUUCGCUGGAUGAUGCUGAGGAUCAAACGCAUGGCGGAGCCCUGGGUGGGCGCCAUCCGCUCCCUGGCCGCCAAGCAGAACCUGGCCAAGCGGCGCCGGAAGAAGAUCCUGGUUCACUUGGGGCUCCUCACCAAGGAGUCGGGCUUCAAGAUCGCGGAGAACGCCUUCAGCGGCGGCCCGCUGGGGGAGCUGGUCCAGUGGAGCGACCUCAUCACCACGCUGUACCUGCUGGGCCACGACGUGCGAAUCUCCGCCUCGCUGGCCGAGCUCAAAGAGAUCAUGCGUAAAGUUAUGGGGAACAAAUCCAGCUGCCCGACUCAGGGGGACAAGAUAGUGGAGCUGAUCUACAUCGACAUCGUGGGUCUCACCCAGUUUAAGAAGACGCUCGGGCCCUCCUGGGUCCACUACCAGUGCAUGCUGCGGGUGCUGGAUUCGUUUGGGACUGAACCCGAGUUCAACCACGCCCACUACGCCCAGUCCAAAGGCCACAAGACGCCGUGGGGGAAGUGGAACCUCAACCCGCAGCAGUUCAACACCAUGUUCCCUCACACGCCGGACAACAGCUUCCUGGGCUUCGUGGUGGAGCAGCACCUCAACGCCAGCGACAUCCGGCACAUCGACGACAUCAAGAGGCAAAACCAGUCGCUGGUUUACGGAAAAGACAAGAAGAAGUACCUGGACAUCAUCCACAGCUACAUGGAGGUGCACGGCACCGUGCACGGCACCAGCACCGUGCACCUGCCCAGCUACGUGAAGAACCACGGCAUCCUGAGCGGCCGAGACCUGCAGUUCCUCCUGCGGGAGACCAAGUUAUUCGUGGGCCUGUCCUUCCCCUACGAGGGCCCCGCCCCCCUGGAGGCCAUCGCCAACGGCUGCGCCUUCCUCAACCCCAAAUUCAGCCCUCCGAAGAGCAGCAAGAACACCGACUUCUUCAAGGGCAAGCCCACCCUGAGAGAGUUGACCUCCCAGCAUCCCUACGCCGAGGUGUACAUCGGUCAGCCCCACGUCUGGACGGUGGACAUCGAGAACCCGGCGGAGGUGGAGAGGGCCAUCCGCUCCAUCCUCAGUCAGAAGAUCGAGCCGUACCUUCCCUACGAGUUCACCUGUGAGGGGAUGCUGCAGAGGGUCAACGCCUUCAUCGAGAACCAGGACUUCUGCCACGGCCAGGUGAUGUGGCCCCCCCUCAGCGCCCUGCAGGUGAAGCAGGCCGAGCCGGGCCGCUCCUGUAAGCAGGUGUGCCAGGAGGAGCAGCUCAUCUGCGAGCCCUCCUUCUUCCAGCACCUCAAUAAAGACAAAGACCUGGCCAGGUUCGGGGUGGACUGCCAGACGGUGGAGUCCAGCUCUGACACCGUGGUGCCGGCCUACAGCCCGGCGCGGCGCCACUGCGUGUUCCAGGCCGACCUGCUGCUGUUCAGCUGCGCCGGAGCCCACGCCGCGCUGCGCCGCGUCUGCCCCUGCCGCGACUACAUGAAGGGCCAGGUGGCGCUCUGCCAGGACUGCCUA